AUGCACUCGUCUAUGAUGCGCCUUGCCCUUGCGGCAGCAGUCCUGUUCCUGAUGGCUGGAGGUGCCGCGGCCGCAUGCAGGCAGGGCAAGAAUGGCUGCGUCAAGUGCUUCAAGAACAAGUGCGGGAAGUGCGCCAGAGGCUGGCUCAAGCACCCCAAAAACGUCUGCCUGCCCUGCCGCCGCUUCGGCUGCAAGACGUGCAAGUGGGAUAAAGCCGCUGUGUGCACCAGCUGCGCCAAGGACUUUUGGCUCAAGGCAGGCAAGUGCCGUAGCUGCCCCAAGGGCUGCUCCGAGUGCUACAACAAGAAGGGGAAGGCACACUGCACAGCCUGCGACCGUACUUACAAGCUCGUGGGAGGCAAGUGCGUACGCCGAGGAAUCGUGGCCACCUGCCCCCCACUUCCCGUGCCCGUCUGGCGCACCGACACCGUCUUCGGCUGGGACCCUGUGUACGGCGUGAACAGCGCCGGCGCCUGCGUCAAGUGCACCGGGGGCGGCAACCACAGGGAGUGGUGCAAGGCCUGCGACGGCGACGCCCCGGGCUUCUGCACGCUUUGCGAGGACGGCUCCACCAACAAGUUCCCCAUGUGGCUCGCAGCUGGGGGUGCCUGCGAAUUUUGCUCCAACAGGCAUGGCGACGCCUGCCUGCGGUGCGAAGACGACAGCGCCGACUGCCUGGAAUGCGAUGCCUCCAAGGGGUACACGCUUGUUGACGGCGACUGCGAGCAGAUGCUACCUUGACCGGCAGACCUGACCUGCUGUGCUGCCUCAAGGCGUGAUGCUCACCUGCCCUGCUUCCCAGAUCAUAACACGAAAGUCAG